CACCCAGCAGGCCGGGGUAGAGCCGGGGGCUGUGGUGAAGCAGGAGCCCCAGGAGGAGGACCUGAGCCCUGGGCAGCAGCAGCAGGCAGGUGAGCCUGGUCUGGCUCUCUCUCCAGACGGGCCUGGGGCUAGUCCUGAGCCCCCCACCUCCCACCUCACCCGACCAGAGGAGGAGAGAGAGAGAGGCCUGCUGGAGCAAGACAUCAGUGUCACUUUGGCUUCUGAACUGCUCAGGAGACUGUCUGAGAAGCAGGAAGUGGUGGUCCAGGGUUUAAAGGUGAAAGAGGAGGAGGAGCCUAUGGAGAUUGACCGCCUGACCCCCAGCGUGACACCUGACCCUAUCCUGCCCCCAGGGGAGCGAGCAGAGUCCGGGAGGGGUGAGAAGACACCCCCUCCAUCUCUCCUCCCUAAAGAAGACCAGGAUCUGUUCCAGAGAGAUCUCUUCUCCCAGGACAUCUCAGUCAAAAUGGCCUCUGCUCUCCUUUACCAACUGUCAGAAAAAGUCUUCAAAGCCAACGAGCUGAAAGAAAACGGAUCCUUCUCUAGUCCUGUGGCGGAGAAGCCCUUUACACACACGCCCUCUACCUGCCCGAACCAGCGGGACCUUACUCAACCCUCCCCAGACAAACCACAGCACGUAGUCAGUAGGUAUAGGUGUCCAGUGUGUUCGUACCAAGCCCAGUGUCAGAGGAGUCUCAACCAUCACCUGGCUUCACACACUUCUAAGACACACACCACCGGCUUCAACUACUACUACAGGUGUCAUGUGUGCGGUUUCGAGCUGGAGGGGUGGAGCCUGUUCCUUGGUCACAUGACGGAGCACAGCGAAUGGGAGCGCGAUGCGUUCACCCUCCGCUGCAGUGUGUGUGAUCACUCCACCAGUGAGGAGCGGGCCAUGAGGGCUCACGCCAGCUCUCACACACUUGGAGAGGCAGCGAGCCAAGACUACCUACAGACACACCUGUUGGGAGGCCACACCCCCAAAGACUUACCUGAUGGAAGAGACAGCCCACAAUCUGGAGAGCUCAGGUGCCCUCUCUGUUCGUUCUCCACCAGUCGGCCUGUCUCCAUGGUAACACACAUGCGCUCGUCCCACUCAACGACGGAUCAGCACCGUUGCCGCAUCUGCCAAAGGUCGUUUUCACGGCAACCGGAGCUCCAGGCCCACGUCAGGUGUCAUCGUCAGGGCAACCAGUACCGCUGCGAGAGGUGUGGCCACCUGGCCCGAACAGCCAAUAAGCUGAUAGAACACGUGCGUGUGCACACGGGGGAGCGACCUUUCACCUGCGACCUCUGCCCUUACAGCGCCAAACGCCGAGACAGCCUCCGUCUGCACUGCCGACUCAAACACCCCGAACACACACCCUCACACGGACACACACACACACCCUUACACGGACACACACACACACCCUCACACGGACACACACACACACCCUCACAUGGACACACACACACACCCUCACACGGACACACACACACACCCUCCUGGUUUAGGGGGUCAGACCUUUUUCUCGUCCCCCUCACCACCCUGCUCUCCCUCAGGCCCCUCUCUAGCCCCAGACCCUCCUCUCCCUCCCGCUCUUCCUCUCCUUCACCCAAACUCUCUUUCCUAGCCUACCUAGGUCUGACAGAGCCAACCUAAUCAACCUCCCUCCUCCUCUACCCCUCUUCUCCUCGCUACCUGCCUCCUCCUCUACCCCUCUUCUCCUCACUACCUGCCUCCUCCUCUACCCCUCUUCUCCUCGCUACCUGCCUCCUCCUCUACCCCUCU